AAUACGGCCGGAAAAUGGCCAAAAUAAAAUUGAAGAAAAAACACUGAUAUUCUUUCAAACGAAAAGCGGGAUUUUACAGAAGCUUUUUCAUUCAAUGGACUUAGAGAAAAUUAUUUAGGUAAUGACAAUGCAAUGGCCAAUCAACUUUUACUUGUAUUAAUAGUUAUUUUGUAUAUAACCUGCGGCUCUUUGGCUGCUAGUAUUUAUGAUAAACCUAAAAACCAGUCGUUAAUUUACGAAGAAGUAUAUGGAGACGAUAACCCAACAUGGAUGRACAUUGGCAAUUGUGGCAAAGGACUAAAUUGUGGACCAGAGUGCCAAUUGACCUGUCUUAAGACCAUCAACUAUUACCGCAGUUUGCACAAUGUUCGUCCAUUGGUCUGUGAUGACGAUUUGGCCCGAUCAGCACAAAGAUGGACUGAUCAAGAAGCUGAUCAAGGAAAGGUCAUGCACUCCGAACAYAGGACAACAUUAAACGAAAGCAUUUCAUGGGUCCGUAAUGGACUGCCUGGCAUGGAUCACAUGGAAGGAGCUAUUCCAGGCUCCAUCAGAGGUUGGUACUCGGAGAUAAAGAACAAUUACAGCUACGAAACCGGUAGAGGAGACUGCAAACCCAUGUGUCACUUUAUGCCUAUUGUCUGGAAAAGUCACACCAAAGUUGGGUGUGGUCUGAAUAUCAAACCAGGAGAUGGUACCUAUGUUACAGCACACUAUGGCCCAUCAACACAAGACGUUAAAGACGUGUUUCAGGUUGCCCCACAAAACGUUCUGAGAAGAAAAGCUUUAGAACCCACAUGCAAUGUGCCAUCGGAAGAUAGAGUUGACUGCAGAGCGGACCUAAACUCCCCUUUCGUAACCCCAGAGAGGUGCAUGGAAGCGGGCUGCUGUUACGAAGACAUAUUUUUGUCUGAGCGUUCAGUCAAUUUUUAUAGUCCAAGAGGGAAGAUUUGGUGCUUUAAAAGAAAACAGGCGGCAAACUCUGAGAGAGCUGUGCAACACGCAUAUAUUAGUACGAUGCCUUUGACUCUUGACCCUUGUUUUGGACUACCUUGUUCCAAACCUUGCCCAAGUAAUCCUCCAAAACAAUGUCCUAAAGACCCUUGUGGUUCUUGUUGCGGCAGUUGUGGCACAUGUCCGUGUAAAACAUCGGGUGGUAUGCCAUCAGGAGGUAAGCCACCAGGAGGUUCGCCACCAAGAAAACCACCAUCACCGCCACCAAAACCACCGCCAAAACCACCGCCAAAA